GGGGAGUGAGGAGAGCCGCUGAGGGCGGGCGGGGGGCGGGGCAGCCAGCCUCGCCGUCCGUUUCGCGCCGCCGGCCCACGCCGCAGUGUGUGUUGUGGACGGCACCUUCUCAGACAGCCCAGUAGAGCCCAGCUCGGCGCCCGGCAGCCUUCGACGCGAUGUUCCGCCGGAGCUUUAACCGUUUUUGUGCUGGAGAAGAGAAACGAGUUGGUACACGCACAGUAUUUGUUGGCAAUCAUCCAGUUUCAGAAACAGAAGCAUACAUUGCACAAAAAUUUUGUGAUAAUAGAAUAGUCUCAUCUAAGUAUACACUUUGGAAUUUCCUACCAAAGAAUCUGUUUGAACAGUUUAGAAGAAUUGCAAAUUUUUAUUUUCUCAUCAUUUUCCUUGUACAGGUCACAGUAGACACACCAACUAGCCCAGUUACCAGUGGACUUCCACUUUUCUUUGUUAUAACUGUUACAGCCAUCAAACAGGGAUAUGAGGAUUGGCUGAGGCACAGAGCUGACAAUGAAGUCAACAAGAGCACUGUUUACAUUAUUGAAAAUGCAAAGCGAGUGAGAAAAGAGAGUGAAAAAAUCAAGGUCGGUGAUGUAGUAGAAGUACAGGCAGAUGAAACCUUUCCCUGUGAUCUUAUUCUUCUAUCAUCCUGCACAAUUGAUGGAACCUGUUAUGUUACUACUGCAAGUCUUGAUGGGGAAUCCAAUUGCAAGACACAUUAUGCGGUACGUGACACCAUUGAACUGUGUACAGCCGAAUCCAUUGAUACCCUCAGAGCAGCAAUUGAAUGUGAACAGCCUCAACCUGACCUCUACAAGUUUGUUGGCCGAAUCAGUAUCUAUAGUAAUAGUCUUGAAGCUGUUGCCAGGUCUUUGGGACCUGAAAAUCUCUUGUUGAAAGGAGCUACACUAAAAAAUACCAAGAAGAUAUAUGGAGUUGCUGUUUACACUGGAAUGGAAACCAAAAUGGCAUUGAACUACCAAGGGAAAUCUCAGAAACGUUCUGCUGUUGAAAAAUCCAUUAAUGCCUUCCUGAUUGUGUAUUUAUUUAUCUUACUGACCAAAGCUGCAGUAUGCACUACUCUAAAGUAUGUUUGGCAAAGUACCCCAUAUAACGAUGAACCUUGGUAUAACCAAAAGACCCAGAAAGAGCGGGAGACUUUGAAGGUUUUGAAAAUGUUUACCGACUUCCUGUCAUUUAUGGUUCUGUUCAACUUUAUCAUUCCUGUCUCCAUGUAUGUCACAGUAGAAAUGCAAAAAUUCUUGGGCUCCUUCUUCAUUUCAUGGGAUAAGGACUUUUAUGAUGAAGAAAUCAAUGAAGGAGCCCUGGUUAACACAUCAGACCUUAAUGAAGAACUUGGUCAGGUGGAUUAUGUAUUUACUGAUAAGACUGGAACACUCACUGAAAAUAGCAUGGAAUUCAUUGAAUGCUGCAUAGAUGGGCAUAAGUAUAAAGGUGUAACUCAGGAGGCUGAUGGACUCUCUCAAACUGAUGGACCCUUACCGUAUUUUGACAAAGCAGAUAAGAAUCGAGAAGAGCUCUUUCUGCGUGCCUUGUGUUUAUGUCAUACUGUAGAAAUUAAAACAAAUGAUGCUGUUGAUGGAGUUACAGAAUCAGCUGAAUUAACCUAUAUGUCCUCUUCACCAGAUGAAAUAGCUUUGGUCAAAGGAGCUAAAAGGUAUGGGUUCACGUUUGUAGGAAUGCGGAAUGGUCAUAUGAGAGUAGAGAACCAAAGAAAAGAAAUAGAAGAGUAUGAACUUCUUCACACUUUAAACUUCGAUUCUGUCCGCCGUCGUAUGAGUGUGGUUGUGAAAACUCAAUCAGGAGACAUACUUCUCUUUUGUAAAGGAGCCGACUCAGCAGUUUUCCCCAGGGUGCAAAAUCAUGAAAUUGAGUUAACUAAAGUCCAUGUGGAACGUAACGCAAUGGAUGGGUAUCGGACACUUUGUGUAGCCUUCAAAGAAAUUGCUCCAGAUGAUUAUGAAAGAAUUAACAGACAGCUCGUAGAGGCAAAAAUGGCCUUACAAGACAGAGAAGAAAAAAUGGAAAAGGUUUUUGAUGAGAUUGAGACAAACAUGAAUUUAAUUGGAGCCACUGCAGUGGAAGACAAGCUACAAGAUCAAGCCGCUGAGACCAUUGAAGCCCUGCACGCAGCAGGUCUGAAAGUCUGGGUGCUUACUGGGGACAAGAUGGAGACAGCCAAAUCUACCUGCUAUGCCUGCCGCCUUUUUCAAACCAGCACCGAGCUCUUGGAACUGACCACCAAAACCAUCCAAGAAAGCGAACGGAAAGAAGAUCGAUUACAUGAGUUGUUGAUUGAAUAUCGUAAAAAGUUGCUGCAUGAAUUUCCUAAAAGUACUAGAAGCCUUAAAAAAGCAUGGACAGAACAUCAGGAAUAUGGAUUAAUCAUUGAUGGCUCCACGUUGUCUCUCAUAUUAAAUUCUAGUCAAGACUCUGGUUCUAACAAUUACAAAAGCAUUUUCCUACAAAUUUGUAUGAAGUGCACUGCAGUGCUCUGCUGUCGGAUGGCACCGUUACAGAAAGCCCAGAUUGUGAGAAUGGUGAAGAAUUUAAAAGGCAGCCCAAUAACACUGUCGAUAGGUGAUGGUGCCAAUGAUGUUAGUAUGAUCUUGGAAUCCCAUGUGGGCAUAGGUAUCAAAGGCAAAGAAGGUCGCCAAGCAGCCAGAAAUAGUGAUUAUUCUGUCCCAAAGUUUAAACAUUUAAAGAAACUGCUGUUGGCUCACGGACACCUAUAUUAUGUGAGAAUAGCACACCUUGUACAGUAUUUCUUCUAUAAGAACCUUUGUUUCAUUUUGCCACAAUUUUUGUACCAGUUCUUCUGUGGAUUCUCACAACAGCCACUGUAUGAUGCCGCUUACCUUACAAUGUACAAUAUCUGCUUCACAUCCUUGCCCAUCCUGGCCUACAGUCUACUGGAACAGCACAUCAACAUUGACACUCUGACCUCAGAUCCCCGAUUAUAUAUGAAAAUUUCUGGAAAUGCCAUGCUACAGUUGGGCCCCUUCUUAUAUUGGACAUUUCUGGCUGCAUUUGAAGGAACAGUGUUCUUCUUUGGGACUUAUUUUCUUUUUCAGACUUCAUCCUUAGAAGAAAAUGCAAAGGUAUAUGGAAACUGGACUUUUGGAACCAUUGUUUUUACAGUCUUAGUAUUCACCGUAACUCUGAAGCUCGCCUUGGAUACUCGUUUCUGGACAUGGAUAAACCACUUUGUGAUUUGGGGUUCUUUAGCGUUUUAUGUAUUUUUCUCAUUCUUCUGGGGAGGAAUUAUAUGGCCUUUUCUCAAACAACAGAGAAUGUAUUUUGUAUUUGCUCAAAUGCUGUCUUCUGUAUCCACAUGGUUGGCCAUAGUUCUUCUAAUAUUUAUCAGCCUUUUCCCUGAGAUUCUCCUGAUAGUAUUAAAGAAUGUAAGAAGAAGAAGUGCCAGGAGAAAUCUGAGCUGUAAAAAGGCAUCUGACUCAUUAUCCACCAGACCUUCAGUCAGACCUCUUCUUUUACGAACAUUCUCAGACGAAUCUAAUAUAUUGUAACAGAAUCCGAAUCUUGAACUGCCUAUGUUAUUGUCCUACAAGCAUAUUGACAGUGGUUACAGCUAAAAGAAAGCAUGAAGAAGCAACUACAAAAAGUUAUCAUCUCAGGAUACUUGAUAUGCAACAAACUAAACCACUAUCUUAUGUCUAAGGUUCAGAGGAAAUGUCCACUAAGAUACCAAAUGACUCUCUUAAGCAUUUACAGUUAUUGUAAGUAGCCGUUGUGGCCAAAGCUCUAAGUUAUGAAUUAUAUGAAGGUUGAAAGCAAGAAUAUUUAGAAUUUCUGGCUUUAGAUAGAAUAAAAUAACUACCAAAUGGGUGCUCUUUUAACCCAUGAACUCUGAAUGGAUUUAAAUACAAUAGUAUAAAGUAGAAGUCAUGCAAUGGGAAUGAAUAGAUUUUGCUAAUAUUACUUUUUUUGCCUGGCAGAAGAAAUAGGCAAUUUAGAUCACAUUUCUUGUUCCUGCUGAAUGAUAAUGUUAAAUUAUUUUUUUCAACAUGUGAAAGGAAUACUUGAAAAUAUAAGAGGACUAAAUCAGUGCAUCAGAUAGUAGUUAAUCCUUUCUGUUCACCCACAUGCUAAUUUUGUCUUGAUAGAAUAUCCUUGCCAAAAAAUAACUUGAAAGGUGGAAAGAAUGUUAACCCUGGGUAUUUUUGCAAAAAUCAAAAGAAAUUAUUUAUUUUUGUUCUUCUGGAUUACACUUAAUGAGUGUAAGGCUACUAGAUUUGAAAAGAAAGCAUUUCCAAUCAGGAGCUCCUCAAAAUAGUUAAGAUAUAAUAGAUUUUUCCAAUAUUAGUUUUACUGGGAUCUGAGGCAAGAUGGGCAGAACCACAGUUACAUAAAAAUAAAGGCCAUUCUGAACAUCA